AUCAUGGUCAAUCAUUUCCCACUAUUGAGUUUUCCCGUAAUUCCGUGAUUAGUUAUAAGCGGCAAUAAUUAGUCGCGAGACUAGCAAUAAUUAUUACCUAUAAAUUAUUGUGUGUAUUAGCAAUAGCUAUACUAGUAGCUUUAUGUUAUGUCAGCUAUGACACAUUACACCGAGGUAUUCAGCACCCGCGGUGCUUUCAUAUAUAUAUUCUUUCAGUUAAGUGUUCAAACAAUUUUUAGGGAAUUCUGCAACAGCUAUAGGUACAUAUAAUUACAGGAGCUAUCAACUUCAGAAUCAACUCAAGGUUAGCACUCAGGGCCUCGUAAAAUACAACAAUUACGACCCAGCCUCUCAUGUAUACGAUAUGGUGUAUUGCACAUGGGGGAAUGUGAAAUUGUGGGAAUUGUGGACUGAAAUUGUUUGCAGUUUUAGUGUAUUUACUAAAACUGCAAUGUAUUGAUCAUCGAAUGUUGAUAUUGAAAGCACAAAUAUAAUAAUCCAGUUUUCUAUACUUGUACAUUGACCAUUGGGGGGAGAGGCUGUAAAAUUGAAGUGUAUGACUUUUUGCGGGUGACCACGCUAGAUCUACGGUGUGUGUAAGUGGUUUCGUUAUUGUAUUGCAACAGUAGACUUGUAGCAGCUCGAUUUUUUUUGAAAAAGAGAAGUUGAAGAGCACAUCAAAAUGUGCGAAUACUGUGUAGAAUGCUUGGUUAAGUAGUCGGUUCUAGUCUGAGUUUGUGAAUUUUUAUCAAGCCUGGAGAGUAGAGGGAACAACACAUCUUCCUGCUAUUGUGGAAAUGGUUGCUAUGAAUAUUGUUACAUUAUUGACAUCUGGUGAAUCUCACAUGACAUUCUGUGUUGCUUCUCUUAAUAAUUCUAGCUGAAUGUCCUACACAAGGAAUUUAAGAAGCCUUACAAGACUUGAUCAUAUCCCAAAACCAUGGCCGAGAGAGUGACGACAAAAGAAGCUCUCAAGAAACUCGAUGCUCAACUUGAAUGCUCCCUUUGUCUCGACACUUUCAAGCAGCCGAAACUCUUGCCUUGUUUUCAUGUGUUUUGUAAGUCCCCGUGUCUGGAAAAACUAGUGACCAAGGAUGGACGCUCCCUCACUUGUCCCACCUGUCGACACGUUGUCCCACUGUCAGAGAGGGGAGUGGCUGGACUGCAAUCAGACUUCCACAUUGACCACUUGUUUGAGAUACAAGAUGCUUUCAACAAGGCCGAUGAUACAAACUGUGGCAGCUGUGAGGAUGGCAAAGCCACCGGAUACUGUAACGACUGUGGGGACUUUUUGUGUGACAGGUGUCAAGCUGCUCACAAGUUUGUUAAAUACACUCGUCAACAUAAACUGAUUUCGCUGGAUGAACUGAAAGUUCAAGUGACUAGUCUGGUUCCCCCCAAGAAGGCUGUCCCCCAUUGCCCCAAACACUCGGGGAAUGACCUCAAGAUAUACUGCGAUACCUGCUCCACACUCAUUUGCAUGGACUGCACCAUUCGUCUCCACAAAGACCACAACUACGACCUGGUGGCUGAUGUGCUGACCAAGCACAAAGAAGAACUUGUCUCCAGUCUCAAACCAGUCAAAGAGAAGCUGGACAGUGUACAACGAGCUCUGAAGGACUUUGACACAAGAGCCAAGGCAAUCCACAAUCAGAGGGCCGCGAUUGAAGCCAACAUCCACAAGGAGAUUGAUGAACAACAUCGACUGUUAGAUCAACGAAGGGCAGAGCUUGUAGGAGAGCUAGAGAUGCUGACUCAGCAGAAACUGAAGGAUCUGGCGGCACAAAGGGACCAAGUGGAGAUCACUCAGGUGAAACUGACCAGCUGUCUGGAGUACGCUGAGGGGGGUCUCAAAACAGGCACAGACGGUGAAGUACUCGAAAUGAAAACUUCCGUUCUCAAGAGAGUCAAACGAAUUUCUACUGAAUUCGAUCGAAACACAAUUCAGCCAGAAACAAAGGCUGACAUAGAACUGAUCACAAAAGGAAAAGAACCUCUCCAACAAGCUUGCCGAAGUUUCCUAGAGAUUGAUCACAGUGGAUCAUUCAGCUUAGAGAACAGCCACACGACAGGAGAUGGUCUGAAAGGUGCUACAACUGGAGAAACAAAAACUGUAUCGUUUAAAGCAAAAACCAAGAGUAACAGAAAUGUCAAACGCAAACUCGACCUCAAAGCUGAACUCGUGCAUUUGGAGAGCAAAGAUAUAUUGAAAUGUGAAGUGAUCGAUCAACAACACGGCAAACAUAAGAUCAACUAUCGCCCAAUGAAACGAGGAAAGCAUAAACUACACAUCACUGUCAAUGAGGACGCAGUACGAGGCAGUCCAUUCCCAAUAGCUGUAGCCCCAUCACCACAGAGCUUUGUCAAGACUUCCCGAGUUGUACGAGGUGUGAACAGUCCACGAGGCACUGUCUUCAACAGUAAGGGACAGUUGGUUGUUGUUGAAAGUAAUGGAGCUACUGUCUCUGUAUUGACACCAGAGGGUGAGAAGAUACGAACGUUUGGUCAGCUGAAGAAUGCACAUGGAGUGACUGUGGACAAAGACGACAAAAUUUAUGUAGUGGAGAAUGGCAAUCAUCGUGUGAAUAAGUUCUCAUCCGCCGGAGAUUUUGUUAAAGUUAGUGGUAGUCAAGGCAAUGGUAACCUUCAGUUGUAUAUCCCAGUUGGCAUCUGUUAUAACAGAAGAGACAACAACUUGUAUGUGGUUGAUCAGGGUAACCACAGAAUACAAGUGCUUUCCACUGAUUUGAAGUUCAUACGGUGUUUCGGUACACAAGGCAAUGGGAACGGACAAUUACAAAACCCACUGUAUGCAUCAUUUGAUAGUGCCAACAACCUCUAUGUGACUGAUCGUGGUAACCAUCGAGUACAAGUCUUCACUGCUGAAGGUCAAUUCCUGAGAACAACCUUCUCACAAAAAGCCAACGGUCAGAAGCUGAACUCACCCUGGGCCAUAGCCGUCGACAGCAGUGACACAGUGUACGUCAGUGAGAAUGGACCGAAUCAUGUGAGUGUGUUCACAUCUCAGGGAGCCUACAUCACCACGUUUGGUGGGCAUGGAACGAAAGAGGGACAGUUUAAUAACAUUUAUGGACUCUCUAUUGAUCGCAAUGACUCUAUUGUUGUAUCCGAUCAAGACAACGGGCGACUGCAGAUAUUCUAACGAGAUAAGAACUUUAGGCCGGUACUGUGUACAUUUUUUGUGGUGUUAUUUUGUGUGGUUAGGCUUAGUGUGAAAAUUGUUGUAACAGUAGUCUUUAAGUUUUGAUAUGUUUGAAAUCUAUGGUUAUUAGCUGUGAAUUAGUUUUAGCUCAUGAAGUAUGCGUGGACAAUUCACUGUUUACUUGAUUCUCUUUAUUGCACUCACA